AUGUCUCAUACUUUAAGAAGUGUAGCUUUGCGACAACUUCAUGAGGACCACAACGGUAUAAAUAAAACCUUGCUUAGAGCUAAACAACUAGUUUAUUGGCCUGAACUGAAUAACGAAUUACAGCUAUUUGUAUUGAAAUAUAAUAAAUGUGACAGGUUUAAGAACUCCAAUAUAAAAGAGCCGUUAAUUCCACAUCUUGUGUCUAAACUACCCUUUGAAGUUAUAAGUAUAGAUAUAUUGACUUAUGGAGAAUGGAACUACAUUGUAGUAUUUGAUCAUUAUUUUAAAUGAUUAGAAUUAUUUAGAUUCAAUAAGAAGACAGCCAGAAGAAUUAUUUUGCACUUUAGAAGUGUUUUUAACACACAUAAUUAUCCAAAAAUUAUUUAUUCUGACAAUCAACCAUUUAGUUCUAGUGAAUUCAAAAGUUUUUGUGGUGUAUAUAAUAUAAAACUUAUAACGUCUAGUCCAAGAUAUUCUCAAUCAAAUGGAGUGACAGAAAGAGCUGUUCUUACUGCUAAACAAAUGUUAAGGAAAGCAAACUUUAAAAAAAACAGACAUCUUAGACAUAUUGCUUGA